AUGUCGUUUCUACAUUCGCACUCUUCUGAGUGUGUGAAGUCGGAGCUGGACCUAUUUACCAUACCACCUACCGAAACAUGUAUUGAAAAUUCUCAAUUUGUUUAUUACAAUCCUGUAUCUACGCUGUCGGACGAUGCCCCAAUUGGAUUCAUCGUACCAGGCCAUGGAGAAGAAUAUAUUGAUUUAGCACAUACCAUGAUCAAAGGACUCUGUUGGUCCUAUGCCAAGUUCUCCCAUCUUGGAAUGUCUCUUUGGGCUACGGAUAGUUAUGGUGCAAUGGAUUCUACUGCUGUAGCGGCGGGUGAUGCGAGAAACAACAAUUGGCUAGUCUCACGUCAGGCCUUUACUAAAGGUGGAAAAGCUUUUGAUCUACUGGGACAUUUACAUUGUGACGUGUUCAAUCAAGAUAAGUUUUUGAUGAAUGGUGGAGAGCUACGCGUUCGUCUUAUCCGUGCAAAGGACGACUUUUGCCUUAUGGACGAUAGUGCCCUGAAUUAUAAGCUGCGUAUAGUAGAAGCCUCCUUGAUUGUUCGUCGUGUCAAACUCAGCCCUGGAAUUUUGAUAGCUCAUGCUAAAACGCUUGCAAAGACAACUGUGAAAUAUCCUUUGACACGGGUUGAGGUCAAAUCUUUUGUUCUCCAUAAUGGGAUUAUGGGAGAGACAUUAGACAAUGCGAUUUUGGGACAGCUGCCUAAAAGAGUCAUACUGGGAUUUGUUGAAAAUGCCAGUUUCAACGGCUCGAGGAAGAAGAAUCCCUUCAACUUGCAAAAUUUUGGGAUAAACUUUUGA